UUUUAACAUAUUAUGUAUUCUCUUCUCUGUCUUUUGGGGGAAGGCUUCGCAUUGUUCCCCGAUAUAUGCAUUUCUACUUUGUAGACAUAAUGAAAUAAAAUACAUGUGCUGGGUACAUAUUUCGUUGUUGUGCAUGGCAAGAAAAUGAACCAACCACAUAAGACAAAAUUUUGUCUCUACCCUUAUUAUAAAGUGACCACUGUAGUACCGCUUUAGUCGGGAUCCUUCUUUUCCUACCACUUCGUUUUGGUCUCCCAAUCUACUGGUUUCCUUCCGCCUCGAAGCGAUCUCCUCGGUGUUGUGUUGCCGUGUUAUUUCGCCGCCGGCCUCAACAAGUCGGUAACUCGGACACCUCGAAGUUAAAAACUUCUGGGGUAGGCUAGUUUUUCUAUAGGUAUUGUCGCCAUCACGACUGCUUGAGGUAGCCUUCCAUUAGAAGAAUUUGUCUACACGGACGAGUGCAGAUUCUCUUUCGUCAAAGCCGAGACGAAACAUCGAAUUGGCCGGGAUAAAUAUUGGGUAAUUCGCAGCUAGGACAAGAGUAGGAUAAGAAGAAAUUGUAGCCGCCCAGUGUAGGACGUUCAACAUCCAUCAUGGCUUCUACCGUCGCUACUGGCGUUCCGCGUCAGAAUCCCGCCCUCCGGCGAACUAUCACAUCCACCACUGCGGACACGGAUGUUUCGUCACCAUCUACCGCGAUGGGUUCACCAAUUGACUCUCCUAGGCCGUCUGCAUCUUCUACUUCACUCUCCUCAAUGUCCUCUAUCGAACCUAGCAAUAACUCCUAUGGAAAACUGAUCGACACAUACGGAAACGAGUUCGAGAUUCCCGAUUAUACCAUCAAAGAUAUUCACAACGCUAUCCCCAAACACUGCUUUGAGCGAUCCGCAGCGAAGGGUCUGUACUAUGUCUUCCGUGAUAUUGCUCAGUUAGCAACCGUCUUCUACCUCUUCCACACCUACUUGACCCCGGAGAAUGUUCCUUAUACCCCGGCUCGUGCUGCACUCUGGGGAUUGUACACCUUCAUUCAGGGUCUCUCCGGCACCGGCAUAUGGGUGCUGGCCCACGAGUGUGGACACCAGUCCUUCAGCACCUCCAAGAUUCUGAACGAUACUGUGGGUUGGAUCUUGCAUUCUUCCCUCCUGGUGCCUUAUUUUAGUUGGAAGAUCUCGCACGGCAAGCACCACAAGGCAACCGGUCACAUGGAGCGAGACAUGGUUUUCGUUCCCAGGACUCGUGAGGAAAGGGCUAGUCGCAUCGGGAGGUUAGUUCACGAACUCGGCGAGCUCGGCGAGGAGACCCCUAUCGUCACCUUCAUCAAUCUCCUCGGACAGCAGCUUAUCGGUUGGCCCAACUACCUCUUAACCAACGUCACCGGCCACAACUGCCACGAACGCCAAAGAGAGGGUCGCGGCAAAGGCAAGAAGAACGGCUGGUUCACCGGUGUCAACCACUUCAACCCCUCGAGCCCCCUCUACGAGGCUAAGGACGCUAAGUUGAUCGUCCUGAGCGAUAUAGGGUUAGCCAUCACCAUCUCCGUCCUAGUAUUUCUCGGUAACAAGUAUGGAUGGGAUAACCUCCUUGUCUGGUAUUUCCUGCCCUACCUAUGGGUCAAUCACUGGCUAGUUGCCAUCACCUUCCUGCAGCACACCGACCCAUCUUUGCCCCACUACAAGCCCGAAUCGUGGAACUACGUCCGUGGCGCUGCUGCGACGAUCGACCGGGAAUUCGGGUUUAUCGGCCGCCAGUUGAUGCACGGCAUCAUCGAAACCCACGUCCUUCACCACUACAUCUCCACCAUCCCCUUCUAUAACGCCGACGAGGCUAGCGAUGCUAUUAGGCAGGUUAUGGGUCGUCACUACCGAUCAGACACUAGGGAAGGCUCCCUCGGGUUUAUUAAGGCAAUGUGGCGUUCGGCGAGAUGGUGCCAGUGGGUCGAACCUAGCGAGGGUGCUAAAGGUGAAGGUCAAGGUGUCUUAUUCUUCCGUAAUACGAACGGUCUAGGCACAAAGCCCAUGAAGAUGAGCGCCCCCUAAAAUGUCUCGAAAAUAAAGACAUCCGCAUCACAUCUCGGCCAGUAAUGAAUGCUCCUACGGCAGCGCCAGCCAGCUUCGGAUAGUAUCUGGUGAUCGGAUGCCCUAGGCGAUAUAAGUAUGACACUUGGCUGAAGUAACUUCAAUUUAGGUUCUGCUCAGUCGAGUUAGUCAAUUACUUGCCAUAGACUAAAUUCAAAAAGCUCUGCUUAGAGCGAACUCCGUCUUCUUUGACACUUGCAGAAAAAAAAGGGGGGUCAUUAAAAGGAAAGGGCGGGGUGCCAUAGAAAACCGGUGACGAUCAGAGAUUCGAGAGCGAAAUAAAAUAGAUAUAGACUAGACAGCUAGCCAUGAUGACGAAUGUAUACGUUGAAUAACAUCUGCCCCUUGUCUUCCUGUAAUGUGGAAGGUCAUCAGAAUGUCUCAUGCUGUGCACGGCGAAAGAAAAGCGUCGAGUAGCUAUGCUACCAAGGUAUAUCAUGGUAAACAUGAAUGGACAGGCGCGAAAUCGAGGAAUGGGCUACUUUACAUAGGCAGGUUCCUAUCUAGGUACUAGGUAUAUAUGCCGUCUGGGAGAGAUAAGUUGAACAUUCCGGUCGAUCCGUGGUCUGAUAUGACCGCAGAUUGAGAGACCAUCUG